UUCAGCUCAGAUUAUUUUCCAACAGGCCUCUGAUGUCCCCAAUGAUAGGCAUGUGUAAAGAUAAAAGGUGUCACCAUUAGACAAUAAAAUGUAAUCUCGUUAUAUUCAUUCUAAUCUUCCUCUACGCUGUGCUUGUCUCUCCUUUUUUUGUACAACUAUAAGCAUAAACUAGCUGCUGUUAUUACCUUCAUUCAGUACAUCACAUCAUCAUCAUCAACUUUAUCCAAAAACAGCACAAAAAGCAACAUUAUUUGAAUCAAGUUAGUAAAUCUUUGGCUAUGAUCAAGCUGUGAGACUAAACAAAAUCUCGGAUACAUUUUUCUUAGCUUGAAGCUUCCAUUUAGUUAAUCAACUUUAUCAACUCAAUUUGAAUUUAAAACAAUCGCCAAUUUACAACUCUUUCAACCUCAAUCAUUCCAUCUUUACCUUUGUCCAUCUUGUUUCAUCAAAUUAAACUGAUUAUAAUAUUAUCAUCAUUUCAUUUGCAAUAUGACUUUAUUCUGAUUGUUUAAUAGUCCAUUGGAUUACAUCAAUUUAUACACUGUUUCAAUGUGUUGGUGAAUUGAAAUAAACAUUGCUGUUGUUUUCAUUGACGAUAAGUUUAUGUCGGAAUCAAUUGGAAACAUAAUUAAAUCUUGUUUUUGAUUAUCAAUUUCAUUAGCAAUUCACUUUGAUAGAAUCCAUUCUAAAUAAUUGAACAUUUAAACUGAUUGAAAGACAUCAAUGACAUCAAAUCCAAUGGUUGUAAAUGGAUAAUUUUUGGUGGAUUAUACCAGUUUUCAUGGGAGUUAAUGUUUAUCGUCAACGACAAGUGAAUGUUUAACUUGCAUUUGCUUUUCAUCAAAUUCAACCAAAGUUUCAUCUCACACUUUCGGCAAAGUGCUUUGGACAGUUUGCUUUUCGAGGAAAAACCAAUAAUUGCAACUUUUCACCAAAACUGUUCAAUCAUUUUCUUCAUUUUUUCUUCUUCUCAAGUGAAUAAUGUGAACAAAGUGUCAGACGAAUGGUCAAAGUCUCAUUUUCUUAUCAUUCACUGUUACGGUUAACAUCAUCAUGUGUGGUGUUGUGUCUUUAGUGGCUUUGUUUGCUUCGGUUUAAUUAAUGACUGCAAAGUGUCCAAGAGAUUGAACUAAAGAAUCACAAUCCCAGUGCGAACAUGGAUCCACCUGGAAUCAACAACAUUUUCAGUCAACUACGAACUCUUUACUCACCUUCACCUUCAUCAUCACAUUUACCCUCUUCACCCUUGUCCGAUUCAUCUGAAGAACCUCUUUACUUGGACCAUUUAUCAGUUGACCCUUCACUCAACUCGACGGGAACUUCAUUUUGUGGAUCGCUCAUUUCUUCCCUCGAUCCAAAUGUGUCACAAAUUUACGCCGAUGAAUGUUCAUUUGCCAAUGUUGAAGAGGUUGUCCGAAUCCUGGUUCCUCUCGUCUUUUCAAUCAUUGUAGUCAUUGGUUUACUGGGCAAUUCACUGGUCGUCAUUGUCGUCCUUUGGGACGAUCAGAUGCGCUCAACAACCAAUGUACUUAUAUUCAACCUGGCAGUUGCCGAUUUACUUUUCAUCAUUUUCUGUGUUCCCUUUACGGCAACCGAUUAUGCUCUUAAAUACUGGCCCUUUGGGGACAUUUGGUGUCGCAUUGUACAGUAUCUCAUCUACGUAUCUGCCUUUGCCUCCAUCUACACUCUUGUCCUCAUGUCACUUGAUCGUUUUCUUGCCGUAGUCCAUCCCAUUGCUUCCCUUUCCAUUCGAACUGAGGUCAAUGCCUACAGAGCGAUAACCAUCCUUUGGAUAGCAAUAAUAUUUCUAUGUCUUCCUAUUUUAAUUGUUCACCAAGUCCACGUCGACCUCGACAGUGAAACAUCCCACUUGUGCCACAUCAAUCCAGCCGAGAAUAAAUUUUUUGCUCCUUCCGUGUUCCUCUCCUCUUAUGCUAUCCCACUCACUCUUGCCUUUGUACUCUAUGUGUACAUGUUGAAACGUCUUUGGCACAAUGACAUUAGAACUGGCCGGUCUGUUCGAAACAAGAGAAAAGUUACUCGAAUGGUUGUCGUUGUGGUGGUCAUUUUUGCCAUCUGCUGGGGACCCAUUCACAUUGUUCUCACUCUAAGGUCUCAGGGAAUGUUUGAACCCGACUCUAAAUUCAAGUUGGUCACUUUGAUUGUUUCUCAAAUUUUGGCUUACAUCAACUCUUGCAUCAAUCCAAUUUUGUACGCCUUUUUGUCGGAAAAUUUUCGCAAAGCUUUUCGAAAGGUUAUCUCUUGUCGUCCAAGUGGCUCACGUCGACGCCAUGAUCGUCCAGGCUCAGCUAAAGAGGAAACCAAUAGGAUGGACGAGUUAACAACGGCAACGUGCCAAACAACCAAACGAACUGAGCUCACAAAUGGAUGUGUAUGAUGUCAAGUUCAAUCGAAAUUGUCAUUUAUAAAGUGUAAAACACUCAGUGUUUCAGUGAGGAAACUGCAAAAAAGCAAAAAAUCGAAUGGAAUAAUAAAUUUAUUUUUUCUCUUUCCA